CUCAAUAAAACGUUCAACAAUUUUUCAUCUGAACAAAAGAUAAACAUUUUUCAAAGUCUAUUUGUCACACAUAUUUCAAAUACAUGCAAUUUUGCAAUAAGAACAAUUAGAAAGAGUGAUCAAGCGCAAGUCUUCACUAUAGAAAGAUUAAGAUGGGGAUCAAGGCGCAAUAUGCUGUGCUAAUUUUAGCAAUGGUACAAAUUGUGGACAGAGCCAAGGCUGGUGGUUGUCCUAGCUUGCAACAAAAAUUUAAAGCCGCACAAGCUGAACUGGAACGAUUAAAGAACACGGGGCAAUGUCAAUGUAACUGUGAAGGCCUUAUCCCAGGGCCUGCGGGAGCACAAGGAGAACCAGGGCCUGCAGGAGCACCAGGGCCUGUGGGAGCACCAGGCCCUGCAGGAGCACCAGGACCUGCGGGAGCACAGGGAGAACAAGGGCCUGCAGGAGCACCAGGACCUGCAGGAGCACAGGGAAAAUCAGGGCCUGCAGGAGCACCAGGACCUGCGGGAGCACAGGGAGAACAAGGGCCUCCUGGUCCAGCUGGGCCACCAGGUCUUGCGUUGAAUCAACCAAUGGACUGCCCAGAAGGGUUCACAAAAAAUGAACAGUUAAAAUCGUGUUAUAAGUUUAUUACAAACACAAAGUUGAAGUGGAUUGAUGCCCUCAGUUUCUGCCAAUCUCUACAGGCAAACCUCGUUGCUAUAGACACUGAGGAGGAACAAGCAUAUCUCGCUGACAAAAUCACAAAUGGUGCUAAACCUCAUGAAUGGUUUUGGACUGGUGGCAAUCAGCUGUGUGGGAUAUGGAUGUGGUCAGGGGGCCCAAGUUGGUCAACCAAAUCCAUCUCUGGAUAUUGGAACUGGAACAGUGCAUACAAUCCACCACAGCCAGAAGAUAAUCAUGAGAGAUGCCUAUUUCUGUCGAAUACUUUUGCUUUCAAAUGGCAUGAUGGUGACUGUGGUAGUGGAGGAAACUUUAUUUGUGAGAUUAAUCUUUCAUAAAACCUCAUUACUACUCAUUAUACUGAUUUAAUACAAGUCCAGUUGAGAUGGUUGAUUCAAGAUUCAAUAUUGGAUAUCCCCUCGAGAAAAAUAUUAGAGUGUCUUGUAAAUGAUGAAUGUGUGUAGACUACAUGAAUAUGGUUGAACUAUCCCCUCAAAACGUAAUAAGAAUGCUCUCCCUGAUGCCAGCCACUUGUGUGGAUGUCCACCUGGCAAAUAUAUAACAAUAAAAGUCACCAGCUCAUUUAAAAUCAAACCAAUUAAACAUUACGAUAGAUGCUGUUUGCAUGCAACAGCAGUAAGAUAAACUAUAUUAUUUUCUCAAAAUUGUGAUUAAUUAACUAUUAUUUCUAGAUGAUCAAUGUUUUUCAAACUGUAAUGUUAGCAGAAAAAUAUGUUGGUGUCAACGCCUUUUGUUUGAGUAAGAUCUAGGUUGCUCUCAUUUUUCAAAUAUUGAGGUAUUUUACAUCAGAGUUAAAGAGAUUGCAGUCUCACAUUAUGAAAUCUGCAUACUGAAACUUUAAAUUGUCAAACUUUAAUUGUCAAAACUUCAAACUUUAAACUGUCAUUGUUAAUACUUUUUGUAGUUUAGUAACUUCAGCAUGCAACAUUUUAGUAUGGGAUGCAGCUGUUGUUGUGAGCCACUGUUAUAAAUAGAGAACAUCCAAAUAAAUAAUAAAUAAAUAAAUUAUGGUUACAUUAUUGUUCUAG